AUGUCUGGAUAUCCGACAGGUUCUGGUGGUAAUGAUGGUCGUGGUUUGGAUUCUCUGUUUGCUCAGCUCCGACAACAGCAAAAUCAAUCGCAGCAACCUCAGCAGCAGGCUGCUCCUGUUCAUUUAGAGCCAAGUUAUAAUUAUUACAACAACAAUAAUCACAAUAACGGCGGCUUCUUUGGUCAAACUCAACAAUUGCCUCCUCAUUAUCAACAACCUUCUGUUUCCUCGCCACUUCCCACCCCUCCUGUACAUGGUCAACAACCUCAUCAUAGUUCUUCUAUCAUGAGUCCUGUUGAUACCCCACAUGCAGAACCCCGUCUUGCCAACCCAGUUGGUACCUCAACCAACGAUAAUCGUACUUCGAGCUUACUUAAUUUGCUGAAGUUCAGCCAACCUUCUGCGAGCAAGUCAAAUCAUCAAGCAGCACCGAUCGGCACACCACUUCCUCCAUCUCGCGAGUCGUCCAUGAGCUUCGGUGGAAACUCCGAUGUUCUUGGUCAAGUCAGUGCUGGUAAUCGUGGUGGUCAAGAUCUUCUCGCUGCACUCAUGGGAGGAGCACAACAAAAGCCAAUUUCUACCCCGCAAAUGACUCAAACAAGUCCGCAAUUUGCCAAUGCUUCCCAACCCCAGUCGAGCUUCGCAGCUGCGACUUCUCCACCUGCCGAUACACAGGCUUAUCUCCUUCGCCUUCUCAAUCAACCAAAGCCACCUCAAACUGGCAAUGAAUCGCCACAUUUGAAUACUGAGAAGGCGUUGUCACCUCCAAGCAAAGCAAACAGCUCUUUGGACGAUGUUGGUGAUUUGGCACAAACUCUGGAAGAUACAAAGAUUGACAUGGACAUGAGUAUGAUGGGAUCUUCGGCCUUCGAGGGCAAGAUUGAUAGACCUCUCAGCAAGGAAAAUAUCACUCCUCAGCCGAGAAACAACCAGGGACUGUUCACUUAUGUCAAUCCUUUCGAGGAAUUGGCAGCCUCGUCUCCACGCAAUCGCACCCCUAAGGCAACCGCGGGUGGUCCAUCGAGUUCAAAUCUUCCUGCACCUGCUUUCCAAAUCUUGAAGCGACAAGAUUCAACUGACAACAAGCGCAAGAUGGACGAGAGAAGCAACAACGAUAGUCCUGGCCAGGUAUUCUCUAAGCGUAAGCUUGGAUCUCCUGCUGCAUCCUCUGGACCACCUACACCACUCCCUGAUGGGCGUACUCAAUUGGAGGCUUUGAUUGGCAUUGGCGCCUCAAGCCCAGCUUUAGCUUCCAAUGGCAAAGGCAAGGAAACUGUUAGCCAUGCUCUUGAGGAAGUUGGUGAUGUAGUUGAUAACCAAGUCCAAGAAGCUUUAGCUCGUGCCGAACAGGAGGCAACUACUGCUGAGAUUGAGAAGGACUUGCGGAGCAUGCUUGCUGCUGAAACCGAGACACAAUUCGAGGAUCGUGCACAAGUCGCUGCUACAGCUAUCAAGAAGGUGCUUGACAAGGACGACGCUGUUCUUGACGAUUUGCCUACUCCAAUUGCUAAUGAAGUCAAAGAAAUUAUUGACGACGCUGCGAAUGGUCACAUUGCAGACAGCUGGGAGAGUGCAGAUGCUGCCGAGGAUGCUCCACCCAAUUAUGAUGAAACUGUCGUAAAGGUAUUCAACUUCCCUAUGAAACCAUGGACUUCAAUCACUAUCAAAAAUAGUGAAGAAGGUCGACCUAGUUUCCGUGACGAAAUCAUUAUGGAUAUCGCUCGUCUCAAGAAAGAAUUCGAUCAAAUCGAUCGCACUCUAGUCACUGCCUCCUCAAACUUUAUUGUUUAUGGCAUGUCAAAGAACGGAGGCAUUCGCAUUAUUAGACAGGCUGAUGGCAAGGAUUCUCGACUUUUCACUGAAACACACGAUCGUAUUUUCAACGUUUCGACAUCUAGUGCCCCAGCGGAUCUCAAGGAAACUAUUAUCGGUACUGGUAUUAGUGGCACUGUUUACUGGGCUAUUGUCAAGGAUGGCGAAGGAGAUUUUAUAGAGGAAAACCAUCCUGAAAUGCAUGGCUUUGCUCUUCCUCCUAUUCAAACUCCAGACAAUGAGUCAGCUGGCGGUGUACUCAAGACCAGAGCUAGAAAGAGCUCAAACCACCCUGAAUUUUUCGCCGUCGGACGCGGAAAGUCCAUCCAAAUCAUCUACCCAUCUGUUAUCAUGAAGAACUCCUUCCUGAAAAAUGGAAAAGAGCGUAUCGUUGAUACGGACCGCUACCUCGCCUAUCGAUCUCUCAAAGUCAACACCGGCAAGGCAGGCAAAGACUUCACAUUCAGUGAGGAUGAUACAACUAUUGUUUCGCUUGACAAGGCUGGACGAGUCAAGUUCUGGGAUGUCCGCCCUCUGACUCAGAUCCCGGAAGGUGAGCUUCACCAAAAGGCUCCUCCCGUCGAGAUCAAAGAGCCACUUACGACUCUCAUCACAACUCCCGCAACUGAGAAAUCAUGGCCUACUUCGGUCUUGUUUGUUGAUAAGCUUCGCCCUUAUCAAAAGGGUGGUCCACUGCGCUACAUGAUUGUUGGUAUGAAGCAAAAUCAUACUUUACAAUUGUGGGAUCUUGCUUUAGGCAAGCCUGUUCAGGAAAUCCACUUGCCUCACAGCAAAGAAUCGGAUGCUGUUUGUAGCGUCUUGUAUCACCCCGCAACCGGUGUAAUUGUGGUCGGACAUCCUACACGAAAUUCGAUCUAUUUCCUUCACCUUUCUGCUCCUAAAUACAACCUUCCACGCACUGUUACCCAAGCUGAAUACGUUGAGAAGCUUGCAGCCAAUGACUCCAGUGUUUCUAAGCCAGAUUCUACUGCUGUUGUCAGUGGCAUGAGAGAAUAUUCAUUUGCCAGCAAAGGUAAUCUUAGAAGUUUGGACAUCUUACAGAAUCCUGCUUCCCCACCUGCUCGUGGAGAACCAAUUACUUUGUUUGAGUUGUAUGCUAUGCACUCCAAGGGUGUGACUUGCCUCACCAUUAAGCAAGCAGAUCUAGGCUGGGAUGUCAACAAUAAGUGCAUCUCUGCAGUUGUGGCUGAUAGAGUUGGAGCUGUUACUAUCGAUACAUUGAAGGAGAUCAGCACCGCGCCAAUUGCAUCUGAGUCAGGAGAAACCGCACCAGAGCCUUCACCUGCGCCAGUCCCUACUCCUACUAGGAUUAUUCAACGUACAGCUACCAAGGACAGCUCUCCUAAGGAAACUAAGAAGGUCGCGCAGACCGAGCCAUCUUCUUCAGCACCCAAGGCUGAAGAGAAGGCUGAGAAAAAGGAAGCCCCGGUCGCACUUGCCAACGGUAGUAUUGCCGGCGCUAGCGGGACUGACAAUAAAGCCGAAAAGAAGAAGCGACGAAAGGCCAACUCAAAUUCCGAAUCCUUAUCAAAUUCCUCUCAAACCAAAAACAUCGCAACAGAGAAUAAUUUAGCAUCAAGAAACAACAAUACUUCUCGCGCAAAUAUGAAUAUUAUUCCAGAUGUUGGUACCUCUUCAAGUUUGUCAGCGCCUGGCUUGACAGAUGAAGUUCUCAAGGAGAUUGAAGGUCGCGUUUCUGGAGAAGUGAAAAAAUUACUUAAUGAUUCCUUCAACACUUUGGAUCAGAGAAUCAAGGAUGACAGACGCACUCAAACCGCCGUCGCUGAUGCCAAGCAGGAUGCUGUUCUUCGCCUUAUCUCUAGCACUCUUACUGGCAACAUGGAAGAAUCAUUGAAACGUAUUGUCAAUGGAGCUUUGGAAAACUCUAUCGUACCUUCCAUUGAAAAUAUUACCUUGAAGACCGUCGAUCAACGAGUCGCUCCAGCUAUUGUUAGUCACUUGAAUCAAACCUUGCCAAGAGAAUUGCAAAAGGUCCUUCCAGAUGCUGUCAACAAGGUUAUGCAACAACCUCAACUUCUAAAGCUGAUGUCAGAAACCUUGGCUAAGAGUGUCUCUUUCUCUUUUGAAGAGCAAUUUUCUACUCUCUUGAACAACAGCAUCACUCCUGCUUUUACCCAAUUGGCAGUCAACACAUCUCAACGUGUCGCAGCUGAUGUUCACCGCCAAGCACAAGAACAGAUUGGUAACAUUGAACGUCAACGACAUGCCGACAGCCUUAAAAUCGAACAAUUGACUCAACUUGUUCACGGGUUGACUGAGACCAUUUCAUCCAUGGCUUCUGCACAAUCUGACUUCCAAGCUCAAUUCUUGCGUGUUCAACAGAGAGAUAGACAGGGUUCAUCUCACCGUGCUAGCCCUGGAAUAGGUCACAACUCCAGCAGACCUUCUGUUUCCUCAGCACUCGCAGCUCCUCCUGUUGUCGAAGAAAAGUCGCCACAGGAGCUUGAGUAUGAGGAGAUGUUCAAGCACAUUCAAGCCCCCAUGCAAGAGGGUAGAUUUGAAGAUGCUGUUGUCCGUUGGUUGCAAACUGGUAGGGAGCAAGAGUUCUUUGCAAGAUACUUCUGUAGAUUCUCUCCAAAGUUCAUCACUGAGCUUAGCCCACUUUUGCUCCUCAGCCUUGGUGCUAUCAUCACCAUUGAGUUGACUGAUGAUCUGAUGAAUCAACGUCUUGCCUGGACCGAAACCAUCUUGAACUCCUUCCAGAUCAAGAUGGUCAGUGGAUAUCUUGAUGAUCAAGUCGCCGAUCUGGUUCCCAAGAUCAUGAACAUUUAUAUUCAGCGCCUCGAACAUCUCUUCAUGCGCAUCACCAACGUUGCCCCUGCUGAUCCCCUUCUCAAACAACUUUCUCAGAUGGUUUCCACUGCCAAUCGUAUUUUGGAGCUCUAUCGCGAGCGACCAUCUUCUCGCCAUAUGACCGGCUUUCCACAAUAA